ACAUGUUGAUAAACACAAAACGAAACAUGCUGUAGCGAAAAAAAAUUAAUGCUCUUUGUUGAAGUAAUAUGUCCAAAUAAUUUGUUUUUUAAGCAAUUUAAGACGGAAGCUCUCUCCAGGUUAAAAUUUUUACGUUGAAUCAUUAUGGCUGAAUGUGCCGUAGGAGCAGAGGCUAUGCAAGGUUGUGAACCAUCUGCUGCAUUAAAACCAGGAGAUGCUGAAAUGAAUGUUGCAGUUUCAGAGGCAACCAAUUCCCUUGCAGAAGUAAAGAUAAAUCAAGACCAAAAGCCAAUCUGCCUGAUAGUUUUAGGCAUGGCCGGCUCUGGCAAGACAACAUUCGUGCAAAGGAUAACUUCACAUUUACAUGCUCGAAAAGAUCCACCCUAUGUUAUAAAUCUGGACCCGGCUUGUCACUCGGUUCCAUUUCCAGCGAACAUCGAUAUACGAGACACAGUGAAAUACAAAGAAAUCAUGAAACAAUAUAAAUUAGGUCCUAAUGGAGGAAUAAUGACUUCUCUUAAUUUAUUUGCUACUCGAUUUGAUCAAGUGUUGGGUCUUGUCGACAAAAGUAGUUCCAAGUGUAAUUAUGUCAUUCUUGAUACACCUGGUCAGAUUGAAGUUUUUACUUGGUCGGCUUCUGGCACGAUAAUGACCGAAUCUCUCUCGGCGUCUUAUCCCACCGUUGUUGUAUAUGUGAUGGACAUAGUUAAAAGUGCAAAGCCUGUUACUUUCAUGUCAAAUAUGUUAUAUGCAUGUAGCAUUUUAUACAAAACUAAACUGCCAUUUAUUGUGGUACUCAAUAAGACAGAUGUUAUGGAUUGCAAAUUUGCUGUUGAGUGGAUGACGGAUUUUGAAGCAUUUCAAGAAGCUCUGGAGGCGGACACUUCCUAUGCUUCUAAUUUGACUAGGUCAAUGAGCUUGGUUCUUGAUGAAUUUUACAGCAACUUGCGAGCUGUUGGCGUUUCUUCACUUAUGGGAUCGGGUAUGGAUGAGUUUUUCAAAGCUGUCCAAGAAGCUGGUAAGGAAUAUGAAACAGUGUACAAGCCGGAAUAUGACAGAUUGCUGAAACAAAGGAAAGAGCAAGAAAGGCGUAAGCAGGAGAAGGAGAUCAAGCGUUUAAAGAAAGACCGUGGCGAGGGAAGUGAAGUUUCGAUGGAAAAUCCCGAUCUAAAGCUGAAUGAUAUUGUUACUGAUCCUAUUUAUGUUUCACAAGAUGUAGAAGAAGAUGAUACUUCUGAUGAAGAUUGGACUACUGGAAAAUUAUGUUACAGAGAUGAUUCGUAAAGUGCUAAUUUUUAAAAAUUAUGUUUUUUUUUUCCAAAGAUUGAUUUUUGAAUGCUUGAAUAUAUGCAUUUUUUCCUCACGAAAAUUUUAAUUCAACUACCUUUUUCCCUCUCUCUUACCCCCCAAAAAUUAGAAAUAUUAUUCAUAAUAUUAUCACAGCAUUCUGCUGUAAACUAUUAGGGAAACCGGAAAGUAAUGUCAUUUUUUUUCAAAGAGUUACGUUUUGAAAUGUUUUUUUAUUUUUCGUCAGAGAUGCAAUUAUUCUCGUUAUCAACAACCUUUUGCCAUGCAGUGGCUCAAAUUUUCAACCCUGGAUAGUUAGAAAUUAAGUGGGUUUUGAGCAAAAUAUCUGAAGUUGUCAUUCUUGAUAUCAGACAAAUAUUCACGUUUUUUUUGCCACGCAAAGAUCGGAAUGAAACGAAAUCUGAGGGUGCAAUGUCAGGUGAGUGGUGGAUGAAGCAGUACACCACAGCGCAUUAAUCUUUUAAAAAUUUGCCUUGAGCAGCGUGGUCAUGUUUCAAAAUCAUUCCUUUCCUACUGAUAAUAGUGGAAAUGUUCUUACCACAAACUGUACCAUCUGAUUUCCUUUUAUUUCUGAUAACUAAAACACUUUCUACGAAACAAAAACUUGAAAAUUCGGCUUGUAUCCAAAAUUCCUUCCAAAACAGCUGAUAAUCAUUCCAUAUCAAGAAGAUUGUUGCAAAUCUGGAGCCAAAUAGUUAUAAAUUGAUUAUUUAAAAAACAGAAGGAAAAUUCUAAUUAAAAAAAUAUGCAUGUAGUAAAGAUAACAAUGAUAGUUGAUUUGUAAUUUCCUUUUCUGUGUUUGCCCAUGUUAUCUAAAAAAAAUUAGAUGUAUUUUUUUUUUCCAUAUUUAGCCACAAAUGUUGAGCACCACUAGUUUAUUAACACAAUACAUGAAAAGUCACGCUACUGUGGUUGCAUUUAAAUGCUAGUGAAAAUAAUGUAACAACCUAUACAUAUAUCAGCAUAAAUGAAAGUAAUCCUUUGUCACAGGAUCAUGUACUACGUACAGUUGAUUAAGCAUAUUUCACACUAUUUUGCUAUUUUCAUUAACAUUGGAAUGUGUUGCUAAUAUGUAAACAAGCAUUCUCUAGAAUGUUUGUGCAAAAAGUAUAAAUACUUAAUUUAUUUCAUCAAUUAUAAUUCUGUAAAAAAAAUUACAGUUGCUUUAUAAAACCUGUAAAAAAAUAUAUUUUUUAUAAAAUAAA